GUCUAGUUUCUAGCCAUAAAAGUUAAUAAAUAAAGUUAAAUAUGUCAAGGCAAAAGCAAUCACAAUCGUUGCCAUUUCGUAAAGCAAUAAUUCUUUCUGCUUGAGAGCUUUAACUGCAACUGUUGUUAUUUGGCGCCAAAAAUCAAAACAAACUGAAACUUAAGAAAGAAAAUAAAUAUUUUCCUGUUUUUUAAAAUGGAUGCAGUGAAGGCCGAAGGUGAUAAGUUGAAUACAGAAACAAGUGAGAGUAAUAAUGUCAUCCAUUGUGAGCUAAAACCUGAAAUGUCCAAGGAUUACUUCAGAUUUAGUGACAAAAUUACAUUUGAAGACAUCCGUAUUCUUCAAGAGCACUUUGUUGAAGAAAGGAAUUGGAAUCAGUACCAUGUACCAAGAAACUUGCUACUUGCACUUGUUGGAGAAGUGGGUGAACUAGCUGAACUUUUUCAGUGGCGUGGAGAAGUGAAAGAAGGGUUACCAGAUUGGACUGAAAAUGAAAAGGAGCACUUAGCCCAAGAAUUAAGUGAUGUUCUUCUGUAUUUAUUGCGAUUAAGUGAAAAAUGUCGUAUAGACUUACCUGCUGCAGUGCUUGAUAAAAUUGGUCUAAAUGCAAAAAAAUAUCCUGUAACAAAAGUAUGGGGAUCUAACAAAAAAUAUACUGAAUACAAAGAAAGUUAGAUCUCAGAUUUAUCAUAUGAAUUUUUCUUGCUUUCUGUACAAAAUUUGUAUUUACUGUGCAUAUUACUUAAGAAUUAAAUUCUUACUAAGAAGUAUACCUGAUUUUCAUAUUACCUUAAUUAACUUGCAAUAUUUAUGAUAUAUAUAUAUUAUUAAUAAGGUAGUUUAUAUUAUGUUUGUGUGUGUAUUCAUAUAUAUAUAUAAAGCAUUUAUUUUGUGUAAAAAUAAAAUUUAAGAUUAUUUACAGUAUUCUUUAGAUGUAACUGAUUUGGAAUUUACAAAAAUAAUUCAAAUUAUUUUAAUGAUUUCUGCUCAUAUAUAUGAUAGUAUAAUAAAUGCAUGUGAGAAACUUAA